AAAAAAAUAAAUAUCAAUUACUUUUUUGGUACUGCCUUAUCUAAGUUAGUUUUAAACUUGCUUCACUCCUACUUUUUUUUAAAAAAAAAGUAUUAAUAAACUAAGGCUUGUUUUUCUCACUUAAAAGAAAAGCUAGGCAGUUCUUGGUAUACAAUUGCUAUUUAUCUCUUUCAGUUCUCCGUUAUGUUGCAAAGUGAAGAAAUAUUAAAAGAAGAAUGCUGUAUUAAGUCAAAACCAAGCAUAAUGACGGUCACUUAUACAAAACAUCAUGAAUUCUGUUUAUUUCUAGAUCAUACACAGAUGAUCUUACCUAUACCCCUGACCAUCACCCCUGCAUUUUCUAGUGAAGUCGUAUCAUUACAGUGGAAACUCCAUUUUGAAUUUGUGACCACCACGUCCCAGAUUCCGGACGUGCUACCCUCCUCUUCGCCGUCCGAGAGCGUCAUGUGGCAGGGUCCUUCCUCGCUGGACGUUCAGACCAUGGUGUGGGACCUUCCGGUUAUGGUAUAUCCAACUCAUCCAGUUCACAUAGCUCAGGGCCUCCCCAUUAAGUGUGAAAAUAGUUUAAUUAUUACUUAAUUGUAAAUUUUUAAAAUAACCCCUCUUAUAUUCAAUAAAGUUUAUUUGUCAAUAUACAAAUUAAAAAUGGUUAAAAUAAUUUAAGAAAAAACUUGUACAAAAAGUUACUCGUGUGCCGUUUAAAAUUCCAAAGCUAAUCUUAUAACUUAGAUCUUUGUUUUACUUGGGAAUUUGCUAAUCACGGUUUGAAGACGAACGCUUCUCACUCGUCGUCGCCUAAUAAACGCCUAUUGGGAUUGAAUACUCUGAACAAGUCCUCUUCGAGGACCAGAUCCGUGUCAAAGAUGAUUUCGUCUGCUAGAAUUUUUGGCACCUACCAGAAAAGAAGCCAAACUAAACAUCAUGUGUUUAGAAAAGAAAAAAACAAAAUUCAACAUGCAGCAGUUUUAUUUCAGUAUCAAAAUAAAGCGGUUAUUCUCA